CUCUGUGCUGCAUUGCUGUGAGUUUAGGCUAAUUGCAUUGGCAACCACCUAGGGCCAGAACCUAAACAAUAAUUUCACACGCGAGAAUUUACUCAUGAUUAUUUUUGACCAACUUAGUGGAGAGAAAGAACCUCCUGCCACAAGACUCACAUGAAAUAAUUGUGUAAGAAUAUUAUAACAGGGUUACAUAUCUUAAUAAAAAUGUUCUCUUUAUAGUAAGUGCAGACAGUUGAGAAAAGGAAAUACCUCUCCAUAAUCUGUCUCAAAUGAACCAUAAGAAUUGGGGUUUAGAGGAGAGAUUUAUUCCCUGGGUAAACUGGUAUUAGUCAAGCAAAAAAUUAAUACUGUUAUCUCCAAGUUGAUCAUGGCAAUGUAGGUAUUCUGAAACUAAGUAAAUGUGACAGAUGUUUGUUCUACAGAUAUCGUUAACAAAAUAUUUGGAGAGACUAAAUAACUAAUGGUAAUCAAGAGAGAAAGGGGGUGGGAAUGGGUUAUUGGACAAGAGUCUGCUGGAACCUGAGAUAAAAGGAAGUCAACACAGGUCAGACUGUUACCCUGUUACGACCACCCCUACCACCAAUGCACUAAUGAGACAAUUUUGGAAGCUGCUCCAUUUCACAGCCAUGACUGCCCUGGUGCUUGCCAUAUUGUUCAUGUCACUUACUACAGCAGUAUCUGUGCCUUCAGAUCAAAUAUUUCAGUAUAUUGAAGAACAUCAAAAUGAAUACGUGCAGAGACUCAAAGAUUGGGUGGCCAUAGAAAGUGACUCCAAUGACCCUGCAAAGAGACAUCUGGUUAUAAACAUGAUGCUUUUGGCAGAAGAGAGGAUAAGAAAGUUAGGUGGAACAGUUGAGAUGGUAGAUCUGGACAUGCAAGAGCUACCCAAUGGAAACAAAAUCUCUUUGCCACCAGUUAUUCUGGCAAACAUUGUAAAAGAUCCAAAAAAGCCUACCGUUUGUUUUUAUGGGCAUAUGGAUGUGCAGCCAGCAAAAAUUGAGGAUGGAUGGUCAACAGAGCCUUACAUAUUGACAGAGAAAAAUGGCAAUCUCUACGGACGAGGUGCAUCUGAUGACAAAGGACAAGUUCUGGCUGUGCUGAAUGCAAUUGAAGCACUUCAAAAACAUGAACUUCCUGUUAAUGUAAAGAUUCUGCUUGAAGGUAUGGAAGAAGUAGGGUCCAUUGGGCUAAAUACGCUAGUUGAACAGAGAAAUAGUACAUUUUUUUCUGACGUUGAUUACAUUGUGGUCACUGACUCCGCAUGGCUCAGCAACAAACCUGGUAUUACAUAUGGGACAAGAGGAAACUGCUACUUCUUUGUUGAGGUAGAAUGUGCUAAACGAGACUUACACUCAGGGGGCUUUGGAGGAAUAUUACAUGAAGCAAUGAAUGACUUAAUAUUUCUAUUAAACACCCUGGUAGAUUCCUCUGGUCAUAUCCUGAUCCCUGGAAUUUAUGAAGCAGUAGCUCCUCUCACUGAAAAAGAAAAGAAACUCUAUGAAGGAAUUGAAUAUGACCUGGACCAGAUUAUGGCCAAAUAUGGAAUAGAAGAGUUUCAUAACAAAACUAAGGAAGAAUUAUUAAUGCAAAGAUCACGCUAUCCAUCUCUUUCCAUCCAUGGAAUCGAAGGAGCUUUUUCUGCACCUGGAACUAAGACUGUAAUCCCUGCAAAAGUAACUGGAAAGUUUUCAAUACGUGUGGUGCCGAACAUGGAGCCUUCUGUAGUAAAGAAACAGGUGACUGACUAUUUGAACAAGAAAUUCACUGAACUGAACAGUCCUAACAGCAUUAAAGUAACCAGUAGCAUAGGAACAAAGCCCUGGCUAUCUGACAUAAAUGAACCUCAGUAUUUGGCUGCAAGGAAAGCAAUUAAAAGAGUGUUUGGAAAAGAGGCUGACAUGAUCCGUGCAGGUGGAACAAUUCCAAUUGCCACACAUUUUCAGGAGGUGACUAGAAAGAGUAUAAUGUUACUAGGAAUAGGAGGACCUGACGAUGCUCCACAUGGGCAAAAUGAAAAGAUCAGCAGGUAUAAUUUCAUUGAGGGAACAAAACUAUAUGCAGCUUUUCUUCAAGAACUUGCUACUGUGUAAAGAAAAAAGAAUACAGCUUAGUAAACCUUUAUAACUAUCUGUAUUUGCUUGUUUGAUAAGCACAUAUCACAGAACAUAUUGGAUUUCACAGUUA